CUGCUGAUGGCAGGACCUGUGAAGCCAAGCAAAGGUCUCAGACACAGAGUUAAAAAUAGAUGGAACAGCUUUAAGAUAAGCUGGAACGAGUUUUUGUACAGCUUUGAGAUGUGGAGAAAUGCUAUCAAGAAAAUUGAAGGUCAUCAAGGUGCCGGUGUUGCGUCAUAUUUCGUAUUCUUACGCUGGCUUUUCAUUUUGAACAUCUUCAUAUUUCUGCUUAUCUUUUGGGUGAUCACAUUCUUUCAAGUGACGUUUGAUCCUGAGACCACAUAUGAUACAGACCUGACAGGAACUGGAUCUUCAGUCUUUACGACAACUGUAGCGGAGACAUGUACGACGCAGUACAACCCAAAUGUCACCUCUGAUGCUUUGAGCCUUAUAUUGGGAUUUUUUCAAGGAACA